AUGGUAUUUCCUUUUGGCCUAUAUGACGUCCUUCUUCUUGUGGCAUCUGUUUCACCCCUGCUGUGGGCAAAGCGUGGUGAUGUGGUGAGGUCUAGCGUCCACAAGACAGUAGCCUUUGUGACAGACGAUGACACCUACGCGGCGCGGAGGGCGGAGGCGGCUACUCACAACUGUACAACACCAUGCGCGUUGCUUCCAGGCAAAGAUGUUGGCGGAGCAACGUCUGCCGCUUCUGUGGAAACUGAGACACUUGUCGCUAGCGGUAUAGCUGGAAAGUUCACGGGGGACGUCGUGCACGAGUACUCAUGCGUAUCACAUCGCCACUUUCAUGAGGUGAAGCAAAGUCGUCCGUCUGUGCGAGAUCUUCUUCAAUACUCCGAGAUGGAACUGAUGGAAUCUCUUCAUAGUUACUCGCUGGCGGAGGUUUCUCGCCUGUAUGAGUCUAUGGAGCAGGAGGGUCUCUGGGAGGCAGCGUUGAGCGUGACAGAAGGUGCAAGAAGAGGUAGUCACUACGCAUACCUUACCAAGAGGAAUGUGGAGGCGGCGGUACGGACGCUCCUCCUGGCUGGGGAAAAGCAGCGAGCGGUGCAGUGUUAUCUGGCACAUGCAAAGGAGUUUCUUGUCUCAGAUGAGGUACUAGUGGCCUUAUUUGAUGCUUGUAGGCACGUUGAGCAAAGUAGUCUGGCGCUCUAUCAAGCCGUGAGGCCCUUCCAUGCCGAAUGGACUCCAGCAGUCUUAUAUGUGCUGCCUGACCGUGAAUGCUCAAUAUAA